AUGCAUUUUCAGUGGCUACAAUGUAUCUUGUUGGCUGCCAUUCUAGGCAGCCCCCUGGAAGCCUCUGCUAGAGCAACUAUGAUUUGGACGAUCCAUUUCCGCAAGAGUUUGCAAUCUGCAGAUGACGCUUCCUCUACGAGCAAUCUGCUUCGAAGAAUUAAAAUCCCUGGAGUCAAAAUCCCAGGAGCCGAAGUUCCUGAAGUCGCACUUCCAAAACUCUCGAAUGCUGGAAGCACCGCUGGAAAUAUUCCUCAUUUCACACCAGAGCCCAACGACAGCAAACCAGCUUCCAGCAAUUCGAAUGCAGAGCAGAAACCAUGCAAGCGGGCCGACUCCGCCGACUGUGCUCCGCCAAGCCCAGGAUCUCAGGACCUCCUGCUACGUACCAUUGCGGAGCCGACCUUUCUAAAUUAUAAAGAUUAUAUGAAGCCACUAGGAAACGAUGGGAGAACGUUUGUUGGCGAACUACCCUGGAAGCCAGAUAAUGAUGCUAUCCUUGAGCGCCCUCCGCGCGGCCCUACCGGCGCGCAGGAGUUCGAGGACAACCUAAAAAGCGUCACACGAAAAUUAUGGGAAAAUCUUCCAGAGUCAGCCAAUAAGGAUGCCAACCUUGUUGCUACUCUGUUUGUACCUGGGAAGGGGGUCUGGUUUUCAUCCAUCCCGCAUGGUGCUGGUGAUACGCUAAUAUUUAAUGACAAAGUCACCGCGCCGGCAUGGUACGCCCGAUCAGAACAGGAGUAUGAUGGGAUCCCUGGAGGUAGGAGAUUGGGGGACAUGCAUGCAGAAGACGGCGCCAUCUAUCAGUUCGAGAAAUCGCAAGGACACAGCCAGAGUCUCAGUGCGCAGCAAGCCCAAAACUGGAAAUUUCCCCUUGGCACGAGAUUGGCCGUGUAUGGAAAAUAUAGCCGUGUGAAUCCAAAGAGCUUCAAGGGGCCAUGCCAGGGGGUUGACUCACCCCGACAGCCUGGUUGCUUGCAAUUGAUUUCCCGGCUCGGCAUAAGGCAAAUUACACUUUAA